AUGCCAUUCCGCCUGAUUAUAUGUCCGGUCCAGGAGUGUCAGGUAGAACCGAUCGAUUCAAAGUACGAAUGGGAACGAGAACCCCUGCCUAUUAUUCGUGAAGGUUGCCAGGCUGAUCUCGUAGGACUAGUUUGUCCGCCUAAGCGAUCGGAGUACGGCGUAAAGAUCACUGUAGAGUCGUUCCGUUAUCAGAGCACACCUCAUGUACAGUACUCGUGCCUUGUGCGCAUUUGUCCGUUUGCGCCGUGUCCAAGUACAAAAUGUCCACCGGUCGAAGGCUGCCCAUCAGACAAGCGUGUUGCACGUGGUUUGAGUCUUGAAGAAAUCCGUCGU